AUGGGCUCAUCGCAAGGCGCGAACAGCCUGGUAGGUUGCCCUAGCCGACACAUUGACGACUUCUUUACCCGAAAUGCCUUGGACUACCAAACCCGCAAUCAAUGUCUACGAUUCGCGCAGCUCAUAUUCCCCGGGGAACUCGUUGGUGAGGCUGACACCCAGGGCGAGUGCUCUUACACUGUGGCCGUCUCGACAACUCACCUACUUCAAUUCCGGCCGGGACGAUUCAGCCUAGACAUGGAAAUAUACAAAGACGCACGACAUAUAUUCAAACACCUCGUUUCCGAAACGACGUAUUUGGGCCCUUUCAGCGGCAUCCCAGCACCCAGAAUUCCGCACAUCAAUCCACCAUUGCUACACGUCUAUCUCAUGAACAAGGUGCCCGGCGUCAGACUCUCCGGAAUUCCACAAAUACACGGCAACCCCCACAGGGAGUUCCGCCACAACCUCGUCCGAGACAUGGCUGCCAUCUUUGCAAAAUCAUAUCACCACGGUGUGCCCUCUCGUCGUCGUCACACCCUCCCGGCAGGCAAAGGCAUCCAGGGACGAAUCGGGUCCUCUCUCCGAUGGCGGGCAAACCUACUCACAAGUAUAGCAGACGCAAAACUAUCCCAGGAAGCACAAGCGACGAAAUACCACCUCGGUCAUAUUGAGCGAUUACCGUGGUGCUUAACACACGGGGACCUCAUACCAAGUAACAUCAUGGUUGAUCCGCAGACGGGCCACAUCACAGGUUUACUAGACUGGGCCGAGGGCGAAUGGCUGCCGUUGGGCGUAGGCAUGUACGCCAUAGACGAGUGUUUAGGGCAAGACGACGCAGAGAAGGGGUUUGUGUAUUUUGACGAUCACGCGGAGCUGAGGGCGUUGUUCUGGAGGACAUUCCUGGGCCUCUGUGAAGGACACACGCCGGCACGGAAUGACGUUCUCAAACUGAGCGAGGUGGAAAUGGCGAGGAGAUUGGGACUGCUGCUCUGGCACGGCAUAGCGUUCGACGACGGGAGGCUGGAUAGGUUGGUUGAGGCGGGGAGGGACGACGGCGAGUUGAACAAAUUGAGGGUGUUGCUGGAUGCGCCAAGCCUGUUGGAGAGCAUCUCCACGCCGUGA